AUGUGUUCAGUGAAACGCCAUCGCAGAAUGUUCGCUGCGAACCUGGAUGAACGUAUCAGCAAAACUGUCUGGACAGAAAGUUGUCGCCACGCUAGUGAAAUGAUAAAGUACAUGCUGAAGAACCCAGGAAACAAGACCUUGGACGGUCUCAGGAGCAUCGCAAUCAAUGUUAUUGGUCAAGCAGGAUUCAGUCAGUCCGGGGUGUGGGCACCAACUAUGCGAAAUCGCACUGGCAAGGUUACGACUGGAAAAGCAGCCUUUUGGGAGACCUUUUCCCUGACCACUGAGAUGCUUCUUGAAGGGGCAUUCCUUCCAACAAAGGUGAUGCGGUUGCCGUUUAUGCCACCAACUCUGCGAUUGAUGGGAUAUCAUAUGGAGAGAGCACCGAUCUAUAUCAAAGAGGUUCUUGAUGAGGAGCGGAAGGCUGUAGAAAAUUCAACUGGUCGUCGAAACAAUUUCCUGAGUUUUCUCCUGAAGCUGUCCGACGAGGAGAAAAAUAGUGGGGACAAUGGAUUUUCAUUAACAGACGAUGAGAUCAGUGGAAACCUCUUUGUCUUCAGCACAGCCGGGUUCGAAACAACUAGCAAUACCAUGGGCUACGCAGUGGCUCAUCUGGCCGUGUAUCCCGAAUUGCAGGAUUGGAUCCGCGAAGAGCUGCGGACGCUUGACCCGGACCCGUCGAAAUGGAAAUAUGAGGAGGUGUUUCCUAAAUGCCGACGCACACUCGCUCUAAUGGUACCUCUUUGA